AUGAGCUUGAGUCCACCUGUCAACAAAUUCCCCAGCGGAUUCUUUUUUAUUCGCUGCAAAGCCCAGCCAAUGGCCGUAGAUGUUAAUGGUGGAAGCAUGACAAAUGAUGCAACAAUUAUUAUCUGGCCUCAGAAACUAGUCGACAGUAUCAACCAACUUUGGAUGCAUGAAGAUGGCUUUAUCAUCAAUAAAAAGUCAGGUCUUGUCUUGGAUAUUCGUGGAGGUGAACUCAAGAAAGACAAGCUAGUGAUUCAAUACUCUCGUAAGCCUGGAUUGGCACAAAACCAACGUUGGUCCUAUGAUGACGGAUUCAUAUUUCCAACUGCUGCCCCUCAUCUUGUAUUGGAUAUCAAGGGUGGAGACUAUAAAGAAACCAGUGGAAUAUAUCUAAAUGAAAAAGAUACCACUAUCCCUACUCAGAGAUGGCUGAUUGAACCCUUUGAAACCCCAAAAUCCAAAGAGGAAUUGGCUUUACUAAGACCCUCUCCUUUAUUGCACACUAAUAGCUUCCCUCGCCCAGAAGAAUUGUUUGGAUUUUACCGCUCAUUCUACCGUGAGCAUCGUACAGACAUGACUAUGGAACAAAUAGCCGGUGCAAUUGCUUUUAAGGCAAUUAAAGAUUAUGUUGAACUUCAAAAACAAAACAAUGAAUCAAUCACCAACGAUGAUGCAAGACAAGCACUCAACAAGCUUGUGGCAGAAGAGAUUGUUAGUAAUGCGGAAGCUGUCGACAAUAAGAGAAAAUUGCUUCAGAUUGCUGAACAGGCUGCCGUAAAUUAUUAUGUUAGGGAAUACGAUGUGUGCUAA